AUGGUAGUGUCGCUGGAGCACGCGGGGAGCGGCCGCGUGCUGGAGCUGUACUCGGACCAGCCGACGCUGCACGUGGUGACGGGCCGCUACCUGCCCGAGGCGGGCUGGCAGCAGGUGCGCGCGCUGCCCAUGCCGAGGCACGAGCCCGCGCUGCCGUGCGCCACGUACGAGGCGUGGCACGAGUCGACGACGCCGCCGCUCAGGCAGGCCUCCCCCGUCUGGUCGGCCGGCACCUGCUCCGUCAUCCUCUCCUCCUCCUCCGGCUCUUCCUGCGACUGGCCCAUCGCCAAGCCGCGCAACCGCUGGGACAAGGCCACCUCGACGUCGUCGCUCGCGCGAAUGCUCGAGGCUGCAACUUCCACUCACUUAUCAUUUAGGGAUCGAGCUACUUCAAUGUCACCUCUGAAACCUCCUCCAAUUGACCUUCUGGGAGGAGAUGACAUACCACCACCUCCAGAACCACCCCCAGACCCAGAUGAACUUGAAGCAGAAAGGCAAAGGGAAUUAGAGCAGCGCUGGGAAGAAGAAGAUCGGCAAUGGCAUGAUGGAGAGCCAGUAGUCCCUGAAUCAGAAGUUCAGCAUAAAAGGAUACCUGGUAUUAAUGGAGUGUUGUAUUAUCGUUUUGGUGGAAUUGAGUUGGCUACACAAGGAUUUCCAGAUGCUGUAAAUAGAGGACAGUUUCCAAGUUGCAUUUUGAGAUCAGGAGAGGUCUACAAGAGGACUACUAUUUAUUACUUCAGCACUUUACCCAAAACUGAAGCUGAACUCAAGGAAGAAACAGAUCGACAAAACGAAGCAGAGACUAAACAGAUGGAAGCAGAAGAAGCCAGACUGUUGGCUGAAGUAGAGAAAAAAUUAGAGCAAGUUCAAGCUCUGGGUGACAUUCCAGAAGAACCGGAAGAAUAGUCUACAAAAUGUUUCUAAUACACUGUCAUAAGUAAUAAUUUAUUGUGAUUUGCAUGUUGUUCCCUAAUUGAAACAUUAAAAGAAUUACAUUGUUUCGUUUGUGGAUACUACAGAUUUUGCUUUGCAGU